AUGGGUCAACCAGAACUACAAAACACAAAAAGAAAGUUAAACUGGCGAACAUCAAUAUUCCGACGGCACUUGAAGGCGGCGUCAGACUGCACUGCAUACGCGCCGUGGCGGAGAGGGAAGAUGGCGGAGAAUAAUGUCGAACCGGAGCACGAAUGGAGCGACCGGGCCCUGGACACGGCCGAGGAUACCCUGGUUGCGAUGGAAACCUUACUGGCCACCCUGAGGGCCUUCGAAGACGUGCUUAGGCAACAAGAAAUAUCCACGGCAUCCUCCACGGACUACUGCGACAACUUCUGUCAGGCACUGAUGCACUAUGCUGGGAGCAGGAACUCCAUGGAGCAUGGUCUUCCUCUACUCGAGGUCUACUGUCUGUCCAUUAACUGUUUUGCUGCUGCCCGAUCCCACCUCACAGCGGAGUCCGACAGAGUGGCCCUAGUUUUGAAGAGACUAGCGUUGAGCUGUUUUGAACUGCUGCUGUCAGUGCCUGAGAAUGAAAUCCCAUAUGAAGCCUGGGUUCAGUUCCACCAGUCUGUUCAGAUUGCCCAUGAUACCUUGCUACAGUAUGGCAGCACAGACCUCCAAGCUUUACUGCAGAUCACCGGAGAAGGAGGAGCGUGGAGCAACCCUGUCCUUACCUCCCUCCUCACCGGCCAGCCCACCAACACAGAAGAAGUUGAUGCCUACAUCAGCUUGGAGGGCGAGGGCUUCAUGGAGAUGCGGGUGAAGCACCUGGAGAAGAUGGGCGAAGUUGCCAAAGCAGUGGUGUUGGCUAAAGCUUGCACUGAAUGCAGCGUCAUCUCCAACCAGGCAACCUUUCGUCAAACUUACGUCUCCCUGCUGUGUCACCUGCUGCCCAAUGAAGAAGCAUCAUGGAGGACAAUAUCCAGACUUGACUGUAAGGAUGUGCUGGAGAUCACAUGCAGUCUUGAGACGGAGGGGGAGGAGAACACGGCCUUCAUCUUGUGCACAACUUUCCUGACACAGCAGCUACAGCAGCAGAGCCUUUACUGCUCCUGGGACUUGAUUCUGUUGUGGAGUAAACUUCAGAGGAGGAUCGACCAAUCGCUGAUGUCUCUUCUGGAACGAUGCCUUCAGCUAGGUGCCAUUGCCAAAACCGUCUCACAUUUGCUUUACCUGGUCCGCGUCAUUCAGACUGAGGUGAGACACUGGGUACCUGCCUCAGUAGAGCUGUGUGUCAAAGCCCUUCAACUUCCAAAGCAGGAUGACUCGGAAACCAGAAUCUCCAUCUGUAAGAUGGUGUGCAGCCUUCUCUCGGACGACCUUGAAGUGUUGCGUGCCUGCCGGCUCACAGAGUUCUUGCUCGGCCCCAGCCAGGAGGCCUUUGGAUGCCUCGAGGAGCUUUAUAAACGCCCAGACCAAAAGCACGAUGAGGAAAGUGAAGUUAUUCCAAACUCGCUGCGCUGCGAGUUGCUGCUAGCACUUAAAGCCUACUGGCCUUUUGACCCUGAGUUCUGGGACUGGAAAACUCUGAAGUAUCACUGCGUUUCCCUUCUGGGGUUGACGCCAGAAUCAGACGGGGAGGAGGAGGAGGAGGCGGCGGCCGUGGACAAACCUGAACAAGUUAAACAACAGGAGCCACAGGGAGUCGCUGUGAAGGUGGAAUCAUAUCAACAAAAGAUUAAUGGAAGUCUGGAUGAUCAUGAGGAGAGAAAGCAGUCUUAUAAUUCACCAGAAAGAAAAGGAGGAGAAUCAGAGACGAAGAAACUCAAGUUCCGCUGUCAGAUUUGUAAACGGUCGGUCACUGACACCCAAAUUGUUCACCACUCCAAAAGACAUGCAGCAGACGGCUUCCACCCCUGCCCUGUGUGCUUGGAAAAGUUCAAGAGCAGAAAGGAUCUUGUUCCUCACAUGAAGCAACACAUUCAGAGAGGAGAACAAAUUGUCUCAAACAAGGACAAUGUAAAGAAAGAGGAUGCACAGAAACCGAUGGAAGAAGAAGAUGAUAUUGAACCGGGUGAGAUAACCAUUGACCCCUCUGUAAUGCUGUACUACAAAUCCACACACGAUCCCGACGUGCUGCACCACAUCGUGGAACAAGCUAAAAGUGUAAAGGAGAAGAGCGCCGACGACGACGAGCAUGUCACGUUCGAAUACAUCGAGCAACACUACAAUCUGCAGAACCGGGACGAGUAUCAGUGUCCAGGGACCGGAUGCACUCGGGUUUUUAAACAUUCCAAGUACUUGUACGUCCACUUAAAGUCGGACCACAAUGGUGACGACAACGUGAAGUAUUUCCAUCAGAUGAGAGACAAGAGGGAGAAGUGUGUUUUUUGUAGACGCCACUUUGUCUCCGCUUUCCAUCACCGCAAACAUCGCAGAGUUCACUACGGCGAUCAGCCUUACACGUGUGUGGUUAUGGGUUGUGGCGCCAAGUUUAGCACUUCCAAUGAGCUCGUCAUGCACAAACACACUCACGGCUUUCACCUCAACUACCAGUGUGAGCUCAACGGCUGCUUUGUGACUUACUCGGACCUGGGACAGAUCUAUCACCACGAGGCACAGCACUUCAGAGACGCUGCGUUUACUUGUGUUAGCCCUGAAUGUAAAAAAUACUAUUUGUCCAAAAAGGAGUUCUUAAAACAUUUAUCCACGCACAACAUCACCUUCUCGGAGGACGACUUCGAGGCUCAGAGGAAAGCGAGGAGGAAACUUCUGAAGCAAAAGAGGGCUGCUGAAGCGACAACCCAACUCAACAAGUCAAAUGACACAGUAGAGAUUGUAAACGGAGAUGUCCUAAACUCUUCAUCAGCAAGUGGUGCCUCCUCUUCACAAACAUCUGAGGACAAGGAACAGAAAGCAACAAUGACCUUGGUAGCCGUGUGUUUUGACGGAAGCAAGUUCACGUGUGGUUUUGAGAAGUGUGGCAUGACUUUCUCCAGAGCCAGAGAUGUCCAGAGACAUCUGAAAUGUGCCCACCCAGAACACCUUAAACUAGAGAACAAAGAACACAAGCACGACAAAGAGCGGGGAUCUAAAUCCAAAGGGAUUAAGACUGAAACGGAACCAGACAGUGAGGAAAGGGACAGAAAUAAGCUCUCGGGCCCGUCUCAACAUACUGAGGUCGUCAAAGAAAGAAAAACAUCCACUCAUCACAGAAACAAUGAAACAAACUCGUCAAACUCUCAAACUAAAAAUGAUGCUCUGAAAGAUUUAGUCGUCGGGCUUGGUAAACUGGAUCUGAAUGCUUCCUCUCACAGUGAUCAAAGUGAUUCCCCUCAGUCCACCCCAGACGCUGACGCAGCACAAAUUGCUCUUCAUCAGGCGAUCAUGGCUAAGCCUGCUGUGGUACUGCUACAUAGAGGAGCUUCAAAUCUGCUUGAAGAGAAGUUACAGGUCAAAACUGAAACGUCAUCUGCUGUCGAAGAAGGCCUCGCAGAAUCUUUGGCCACAGCUAAGCCUUAUAUCUGUGAGGUCAACAAUUGUGGCUUUAAGACUGCUCAGAGUUACAGCUUACUGCGUCACUAUCAGACCAUACACGGUCGUUCACUCAAAGAGGCCAAGAGGUUGACCUCCUUGGAAACGACGUCUUUUAAGCCUUACGUCUGCCACUUUUGUUCCAAGAGUCACAGAGAGAAGCACGUCUUGAAGGCCCACUAUGUUCAGGUACAUAACCUGAGUGAGACUUUCUUGAACAAAAUAAGCAACGCAGCUGUAAGCAAAGAGGGAAAGCAAACAUCUCAGCCCUUGACUAGUGCUCGUUUAAAAGAGAAAAAGAAAGAGAUCCCAAAGAUGCAACCCAAACAAGAGACAAAAAACUCAGCCACGAUGAGUGAAAAUGGACGAAGCAAUGACAGUCAAUCUCCAUCCGAGGAGGAGGAGGAAGGAGAGGAUGAAGCGGAGAGUAAAGAGGAAGAAGAUCAGCCGAAGGGGGAAAACGGGGAUGGCACUCAACAGCAGGUCAGAACUACAAGGCGACUGGUCGCCAAAAGUAACCUCUGCUAUAUAUUGGAUAAAUUCAGCAAACCUUUUCAUUGUGUUGCAAAAAACUGUGACGCUGCGUUUUCCACGCAGGGAGGCCUGGUGCGCCAUCUUCAGUUGGUCCAUCGCUACAAUCGCUCUCAGCUUCUGUUGGAGAAAGAUUUUGAUUCCCCUCAGUGUCCAGAAGUCAAAAAAGAGCCCCCCAAAAAAAGGUCUCUCCCAAACUUGGAUGAACCUCAGCCCCAAUUCAAAUGUCACUUUGCCAACUGUAGUGCCGUCUACCACCUUAAAAGCAGCCUGGCGCGCCACACUCGAGAUUGCCACUCGCAUCCUUCAGAGCUUAUACGGUGCAAGUAUGAGGGCUGUACGAGCGUGUUCAGCCACGACAAUGCACUUAAAAAACAUACACUUUACAGUCACUAUGAGUACUAUGAUUCACUGGUGGUACGUCUACAGAGCACUCACAAAAAGUCAAUAACUGGAUGCCAAAAGAAGCUUAUCGUCACUCAACAGAGUCCUAAGGAAGGGGAGUCCCAGGCAGAGACCUCAAGUCCAGGUCUCGAUGUGUCUGCGGACUUCAAGGAAACAAGCGAGGAGGAUAAUGAGGCGAGAGCACGAGCAAGAGAGAAAGAAAAGAACAAUGUUUUUUUCAAUUGUUUCGCCUUCAGAUCUCAUGAAGAAGCACUUCAAAUGUGCCAAGACCGAUGUUUGCGCGUGGCCUACCCGUGCAUGGUGCAGGACUGUGACUCCGUCGUCACCUACAUGGGAAGCCUACACCGUCACUACCUGAGGGUUCACCGCAUGCGCCAAGGGGACAUCAUGAGGAAUGAAGAGAGGCUUGUUUUAAACGCCGAGCAGCUUGAAGAGCUGAUUCAGAGGAAGUCAGCCAGGCCGUCAGUGACAGGAUCGUGUGCCCCUAAUGGGGUGCACAAAAUGGAGUAUCAGUCUGAUCCUGAAAACUCGGGGGAGCAGCCAGAACCCAGGAGCUUCCACUCCAUUAAGAAAGACCCUGAGGAAGAGGAUAAUCACGAUGCGCUUGGAUUUCCAGAGGAGGAAGACGAGGAGCUACCACCUGUUGGGAGAAAUGGCGUCCUUGUGGGUGCAGACGAGGUGCUUUAUGGUGAACCGAGCACCGGCGGGCCGACUGAAGACUCCGCUACAGCAACACCAAAAGGUCAGAAACAGGACGAGUGGUUGAGCUUGGAUCAAAUCAAACCUCUCCUUCGUCCCCUAACUGUUGACCUCUCAGCACCGUGCUCACUGCCCUUGACUGCUGAGGAGGGCUUCCAAUACCUAUCGAGCACCAAGGACGCCGGUAAAGGGUUGAACGGGGCGGCGCUUUCACCCGCUCUCCCCGUCCGCCAACCACUUAAAAGGAAAAACGAACUGUCUGAACAGCCUUUAAACUUGAAAGACCCUCUGCCUCGCGGCCCCUCUCCUCGCCCUUUUGACAUCACAGCGUACAAACCCAUGGGCUUCGAGUCCUCUUUCCUGAGGUUCAUACAAGAGACGACCCCGAAAGAAAACAACGAGGUGGUGGCGAAACGGCGGGACGCUUUUAAACGCGGUUGUUCUGUGAAGGAGAACAAACAGCUGGGAAUAUCUCACAACGGCAGCAAACGCGCUCAUUCCCCACUGCUGAAGCCCCACACGCUGACUGGAGACUUCACAUCGAUCCAAAACUUGAAGUCCAUCUUGGACAAAGCUCUGGCUGGGUGUGGGGACCUGGCCAUUAAGCAGCUUCAGUACCUCAGACCUGUGGUGGUCCUGGAAAGACCUGUGUGCACCACCACUCUGCCGGACCUCUUCCCAACAGAGACUAACAACAGCAAGCUCCUUCUUGGAAGUUAGUUUAUGUGAGCACCUUUUUAACUUAGCUACAGCAAAUUACUUUGUAUUUUCUUAAACUGUGUAUCAGUAUUUUCCUUUUCUUCCAAAAUAAUAGUAUAACGAUGUUUUGCUAUUUGUUUUUUUAAGUUGCCAAACUGAUGAAUUUCAAACAUUAGCAUCAAGAUUAAAAAAAAAAAGAAUUAACUUCAACAGUGCACAUAAAAUCAGAGUAAACUGUUUUUUAGAUUUCUGUUAUGAAAGCAUUCAGAUCAAAUCUGUUCUGUUAAACUUUUGAUCACACGUGUAAAUAAUGUAGGUCUCCAAGAUUAAUGUACAGAUUUUCAGAUUGUUAGAAAUGGUCAGUAGCGUAUGGCAAGGCCUUUUCCAGUUGUGUGAAAAUAUGACUGAAAUUCAAUUCCUUAGUACCAAAUUCUUAAGGAACAUGCUUAUUAUUUUCCACCUCAGUUUAUAUAAUCAGUGUUGGGAUGCAGUGGACAGGUGUUGGCGGACAUGUAUGUAACACUUUCUAAUACAAUAAAUGUGGAAACAAUAUAUAAAGCUCUUACUUUCCAAA